UUUACAGGGCAAGUAGCAAACUGACGUAGAGUAGAAGGUCAGCUGAAAUCACGACGAUCUGGACAUCCGGAAACCUGGCGGAAAGCCCUAAACCAUGGCUCGAGGUUUUUGUUGAGUGCACACUAGAAGUGCAAAAUCGUUCCCCCGUAUAAUGAUUGACCUCCAGCGGGAUGAUUUGAUCGAGAUCGGGUCGGGAGAUCGAGGCGUCGAAUCGGGAUCACCACCUCCUUGUCUGGGAAGCCAUCGACGCCUGGCAAGGCUCCAGUUGGGCAAGAGCAAUUUUGGUGCGUUGGAAUUUUAGAAUGUCGGGUCGGUAUGGAAUUGUUGCGACCAGGAUUUGCAGCUCGAUAAGACGAGGACUAGCGAAUAGGAAUUCGAGUGUAGCUGAUUAUGAUUCUUUUAGGAAUUUGACACCGAUCAGGCCCAGGCGCAGCCAAGGAUCGUUGGAAAAUCAGAUUCUGGGUUUUAGAGGCAUCGGUACAGUAGCUAGUGGAUCUCCGACGGUGCCAUCGGCUUCUUAUAACGGAUGUCUCGAUCAGUUUCGGAAAGCGGAGCUGCUGAGGUGUAGAUUCAGGUCCGAAGGUUUCAAUCCCUUCAGUGUUUCGAACCGCAUCAUUUUGUGUGGAGUUGGUGGUCCAGCUUCUUCCUUUUCAUCUGAAUCUCAGACAGGCAGAGCCCCAGCUGGUAGUGAUGGAUUGCGGGGUCGUUAUUCAUCGGCAGAAUUGUUGGAAAGGAAAGUUAGAAAAGCGGGCUCUGAUAGGUCGCAAAAUAUGCUGAUGUAUCUGUUGGCGAUGGUCGUGGGCGUCGUUGGUGUGACUUAUGCAUCCGUUCCCUUGUACCGAAGAUUCUGCCAAGCUACAGGGUAUGGAGGAACUACACAGCGGCGCGAGACAGUGGAGGAGAAGGUAGCAAGACAUGGAAGUGAAGAUACUGCAGCUGCAAGAGAGCUGGUCGUAUCUUUUAAUGCGGAUGUGGCGGAUAGCAUGCCAUGGAAGUUUACACCUUGUCAGCGUCAGGUGAAAGUGAGACCAGGCCAGAGCACUUUGGUGUUCUACACGGCUGAGAAUACGAGCUCCGAGGCGAUUACCGGAGUUUCCACCUACAAUGUAGCACCCAUGCAGGCCGGUGUUUAUUUCAACAAAAUUCAGUGCUUCUGCUUUGAAGAGCAGCGUCUUCGUGCAGGCGAGAAGAUCGACAUGCCUGUGCUGUUCUACAUCGAUCCUGAGUUUGCAGAAGAUCCAAAGAUGGAUAACAUCAAUUCGCUUAUACUGUCAUAUACGUUUUUCAAAGUCGAAGAAGAGGAGGACGAAGAGUAGAACAGCAGUUAUUGAUUCUCAAUGUUCGUUAUCUUCGUCUUGACAGCAUGUAUUCGGUGCCUUCAUAGCAGACCUUAAACAUUUAUAUCAACAUGAUCCUUUGCCAAUAUGAUAGGAAGUAUACAAACAAACACAAAUUAGAGUCGUUAGUUACCCCUAAUAAUCAAUCCAAAGAAACUUUAUAUCCGCUCCACUCAUCUCUCUUUAAUCUGUUGCUGCGUUGAAUUUUUCCAGUUGAUUUGAGCAAAUUAGUUUUGUGAUUGAGUAGGGCCGUAGACUUGAGUAGUGCUAAACCCAGACUGUAUGUCAUUUAACAAGAUAGAUAGGACACAUUUUGAGGCAGCUUUGUCUAGUGUCUCGUGGUGGAGGACGUUGUGAGGUGAUAUUUCUGCAACUAGAUCAUGUGUUGAUGAACUUCUUUGUGUUCAGAUCCGCAUUUCCAGACGAUUGUAUGAUAGAAACAUCAAAGUUUCGAAAAAAUCGCGAAUAUGGUAAGAAUUUUACUUGAAAAAAUUGUGUACAAACAUAAAGUUCAACUGGCAUAUCUCGUGCAUGUCACCAUACCUUUGACGAUACAAGGAACGCGUGGAGACGCUUACAGAAUAUGCAAAAAUGAAUUCCGCCCAUUUAUCAGUGGUAGACAGGUCAGCCGCUUUUUCCAGAGUUAGUAGCUUCUCAGCGUCUUGGCGUGCAUUUCGACGCUGUUGCUGCUUCUUGUGCUUCAAGUUUCAGUAGAUAAGUAGUUGAUCUUAGUAUUUCGAUUGUACUAAUGAAUCUGAUAUAGUACAUAUAUCAGAUUUACACUGAUAUAACCGUUACAUAUACUAAGUGUAAAAGGAACAUAUAAUCCGUCAGUACUUCUUUUCCGGUGUA